AUGGAUGAUAGGCCGGACGUGAUCGACGAAGUUGCUCAUUAUAAAAAAGGAGACACUGAGAUAGUGUGGAAACCUGUCCCGGCCACUACAGUUGAUAAUCUGAAGUACUAUGAAAUAAGUGGCCAACAGCUGGAGCCAAGCACCACCUACAUGGUCAGAGUGAGACGCUUUAGUUCCCUGAGUUCCAAGUAUAGUGACAGCAGCGAAGAGUUUGAAUUCACAACCCACCUGUCCUAUCAACAGCGCAACGCAGAACCUCAAAGCAUUUCAUCCGCCGAAGACACUAGCUCAUUCUCCAUAUCCAGUGGAAGCAUUACAACCACCUCGUCUGAGCUGGACAGUGAAAACCCCUUCUCUGGAUUCGCGGCAUCAGAAUCACGCCCCUUUCUUGUAGUGGUAAAUGACUACCAGCCGAUCGAGAGCCUCAAGCAGCCAUCAGAAAUUCCCCCGCUAGAGGAGACAAGCAAGAAUCAAAAGAAGGGUUCGGAGAAGUACCAGGAAGAUUGGAUCAUUAAGUGUCCUCAGGGCUCCUUCAAUCCAUUUCCCCAAGGUUUCGGCAUUCCAAUCCAAACAGAGGCUCUCCACGCUGGGCACCCUUCAAUCGGCAGCAUGCAGCAGCUGGGCCGGCAGAGGCUGAGGCCGUGGCUGGAGGAGCAGAUUCAGUCCGGGAGGUAUCCGGGGGUCAGCUGGCUGGACCAGUCAGCCCGCAUCUUCCAGAUCCCGUGGACACAUGCUGCUCGUCACGGUUGGAGCAUUGACCGGGAUGCCACACUCUUCAGGAGUUGGGCGAUGCACACUGGGCGCUAUCGUCCAGGAAAAGACAAGCCGGAUCCCAAAACGUGGAAAGCGAACUUCCGCUGCGCCUUGAAUUCUCUUCCUGACGUGUGUGAGCUGCCGGAGCACAGCAGGAAGAGAGGCAGCAAUGCCUACAGAGUCUACAGGAUGCUGCCCAGCUCCCAAACACGCAAACGCAGGAAAGGGCUUCAGUUCUUAAACAAACCCCAAGAAAGACGUAGCGUAGGAGAAUGCCCGCAUGAUGAGGCCUUCCCCAUGCACACUUGGCAGCCUGCAACGACCAGAAGCAUUUCAGACACGCUUCUGAAGGUGGAGAAUGGUGCUCAGAACGCCUUCAGCUGCAAUCAGGCACAUGGUACUGGUGAUGACAACCCCUACCUGCCCCACAAUGAAAACCACAGUGAUGUUUUCGGUCCAAACUACAUCAGAGAACUGUCUGAGUGGUCCACACAUCAGCAAACACUGAUGUCGUAGCCGUACGCCCACGUGUUUCCUGCUUAUCUGAUUCAAGGCUGGUUUACUGUGAAGCUGUCUGUCCAACCUUCCGCUGCCUCUCUCCUUUUUCUGCUGAGCCGACCAUUUGACGGCAGAAACAGGAGACAGUUAGGGGGGCACGGAGAAUAACGCUGUCAGUCGGUCUCUGUGCUGAACAUGCUGGGAUGAAGAUCUUAUUCCAAGCCAAGCUUUGGUCCUGUCAACAUUGUGUGGUUUUACUGUGGUUCACUAAAGUGACACCACGCUCACACCACAGCUCUAAAGAGUUGAAAGAUCUAAUUUCAGCCCAUCUUGUUCUUUGAACUUUUCUGAACGUUAAGCUAACUCUAAAUGACUUGCAGAUCAGAAAGGCAGGCAAAAUAAAAGUUUGCUUUUAUGAUUGGAUGUCAAAACUUGCCUGAUAUUCAGUAACAGAGAACUGACUUAAGCUGUCCAACAAUAUGAAAUUAAGUGUGUGAUUCCUUCAACUUUGUGCCUUCAGUUGUUUUAGAUGUUUUCCUUUGAUUGAUCCUUUUAUUGAUUUUUUACCCCCUACCAACUUUUAAAUAUUGCGGUAGAAUAUCUUUAUGUAUAUAUACAUGAUAAAAAUAUAAUCAAAUAAACUGAUAACUGAAUUACAAUCU